ACCACCGCCCCGUUCGCCUUAAAUAGCCGAGCCGAGGAGUUGAUUGACAAACUAAACACCGCCCCUUCGUUUAGCAAGCCCCUCCCCCUCCUCCGGCUCCCCUAUCAGUGUCUAGUUUGGCAACACGGAUUACGCAUGGAGCCUCCAUCACCUCCAGUCUCUUUUUACGCACCGAGUCCGAUAAUGCGCGCAGGUACCGGGGCUCCAGCCGCCACACCGAGCCACUGAUCCUGUCUCUUUAUGGACUAAUAUGAAAGAAGUGGAUGUAGAGGUCUGACACAGCCAAGACAGGAGGCGCGUUUCUUGUGGAUCGUUCUUGUGUUUCCAUCACCGAGCGGCAGCAUGGAUGUGUUGGCGAACCACAGCAUCUUCCAGGAACUUCAGCUCGUCCACGACACCGGCUACUUCUCUGCCAUGCCCUCUCUGGAGGAGAACUGGCAGCAGACCUGCCUUGAAUUGGAGCGUUAUCUGCAGACGGAGCCCAAACGUCUGUCAGAGCUCUUUGACCAAGACCUGGAUGGCCUACUAACUCCGGCGUACCUAAAGGAGGACGGCGAAGAAGAGCUGACGGAGCUCCCCAACCUGCCCAGCAUCCCUGAGCCCCCGAGCCCGCCACCAGCAGUGAUCUGCCCAACACGGAAGAAUUUCCCCUCUGCUGGCGCGAUGAAAAGAGACCUCAAACCCAAAGGUCAGGGGCUGGAAAACGUAGAAGGCAUGGAGGGCGUCCACCAGGCCCAGCUGAGCGCCGUCACCUCCCUGACGCCCCCGUCGUCCCCGGAACUCGGCCGGCACCUCAUCAAACCCAACCAGACGCUGACCGCCUCGGCCGACGGGACGCUCACCCUGAAGCUGGUGGCCAGGAAGGUGGGGCUCAGCGCGGCCCGGCUGGUGGCGGCGCACGCGCUCCCGGUCCGGAUGAAGGACGAAGAGGAGGGGGCUGCGUGCGUGAUCGGCGUCGGGGAGCUACCGGAGAACAAGAAGAGGAUCCACCGCUGUCAAUUCAACGGCUGCAGGAAGGUGUACACCAAGAGCUCCCACCUAAAGGCCCAUCAGAGGACACACACAGGUGAGAAGCCGUACAAGUGCUCGUGGGAGGGCUGCGAGUGGCGAUUCGCCCGGAGUGACGAGCUGACGAGGCACUACCGCAAACACACCGGCGCCAAGCCUUUUAAGUGCAACCACUGUGACAGGUGUUUCUCGCGGUCGGAUCACUUGGCGCUGCACAUGAAGAGGCACAUCUGAGGAAUCCGAGAGAGGUCAGCGGGAGUGGAGGAGAGAGGGGGAGGCGGAGUGGGAGCAUCAUCUGGAGGAAAGUAACACCAUGGAUGCUGCGGGGAGAGACAGAGGGAUGGACUCGGAAAACACCAGAUUUGGCCCUUCUGGACUGGAGGGAGAGGCAGCACACGGGGGGACGCUGACUACAGGCAUGCAGGCCGACCCUGAGCGGCUCUGUCAGUCUGUGCUCAACCAGUUGGUCCAUGAUUCCACAGUGAUACGUCGCCACCUCGCAAAUGUCUCCCGGUGUUGUCGCAUUGGACGACACAGACGCUCCAUCCCACCCUUCGUAUGUGUCCGUCACGCGAUGAACGCUGGACCACGGGCCUGUAGUUGGCAGCUCCUUGUUGUUGUUGUUGUUGUUGUUGUAGUCGCCCCCUUCCUCCUCCUCCCCGGUGAAAUGCUUCCAAAAUGUCAGCCCUGUUCGUGCAGCAGCGAGCUCUCACCAACGCCGAACCGGACCAGUUGUACAGCUGACUUUUUCGCUCGCAGCAGAACCUGCUGUUUGUAUAUUCCAGAUUGUCCUCACCUGAGGACGCCCUGAACCUUGAGCUGAGGAGAACAGUUCGUUUCCAACAGUAGCUGAGCGGCGUCCUGGCUUCCUCUCCCUCAGAGCCUUUACAAUUCGCCAAAGGGUUUGUUAUCGUGCACACAGGACAGAUAAUAAUUUGACAAUUUUUCAUCUGCCCUCUGUCACAUCUGCCAACUGGAUCCAUUUAUAAGUCCUCGUGGUUCGAUGGCAUCGGAGCACUCAUUUGAACGGAGAGUUAGAUUGGAUUUCCCCAAGACUUGAAGACGGGGAGCGUGUUGCAGGGAUGUGCCGUGAAGACUGAUGGAGGUCAUCCAGAGGACUGGCUCGCUUUAUGAACAUCAUCCAUUGAGGGUUAGCUCUAGAUGAGGCUAACUAAUCUACUCUGGGAAAGACUGUUCAUCUCCUAGAAUGUCAGCUAAAAAAAAAGAUGCCAGGCGGCUCCUGAGAGGGUUUUUCCUCUCCGGGAUCUUUGCCCUCUCACGAGGUGUCGUCAGGAACUGUUGCACAAUUGACUCUUUGCAAACUUUUUGUAAAAAAACGUCUGGAGACACUUCCAGACUCACCAAACGCUGCCGAAGUGUGGACGAGGCCACAUGCACAAGUCGAAGCAGCUCGUUGACUGCGAUAGCACACAAACACGAACCCGAUCACCAUGUAUGAUAGAGGCUCUAAUGUUUCUAAGAGAAGACUCAGAUAUUUGUUCAAACAGACCAUUUUAGAAGAACACAUUGGAAACGGAUGCAGCCAAAAAAAGACACGUGUCUCCUGCCGAUGCCUGAAAUGAUCUCUUUUGCCUUCGAGAGUGAUUGGCACCGCGGCUAGCCACUGGGUUGAGGAGGGUUUUGUCCCGUUCACAGCACCCGUGCAGAUCUCUUCCAGUUUAACCGGGCCCUAUGCAUAUCCAAGAACAUUCCUGCUGACUUCCUUCACCACACAUGUUUGUCUGAACGCAGAUUUCUUGCCCUGCUGGACACGGAAGGACUCAUAGGAAGAUAAAUUCAAUCAAUUGGGUGGUUCGUCUCCGAGCAGAUCAAUGUGAAUGUAUCUGUUGUGAGUCUGUACAUGUUGCCGGGCCCCAUGAGUGUGUGUAUGGGAGAAGGAUGGUGCCAGUAGUUUCUCUUUUUUCCUGCAUUAGAAACGAAUGGUUGGACUUGAAAUAACAAGCGAGUCAUGGCUGGUAGCUCUUGACAUUUUACUGGUUGGUGCUGGACCAGCGGGAGGUCACGAGUGCAGGUUUCCAGUGGGUGGCUGAAAAUGGGUUAGUGGAGGAACAGAUCUGCUCAGUCAGCGAUGAUAACUGCCCCAUCAGCUCAUGAAACUGCAGCCGAGUGAAACCCACACACACACACACACACACACCAGACGCAUGCCUACUCUCCUGCAAAACUGGAAUUAACAUUUGUCCUUGGUGAUCUGCCUCCCGCCCGAUAGAACAAAGAUCACACGCGUCUACAACGUGCACGUUAAAAACGAAGCGCACACAAAUCAAACAGGCAGCUGGGACGGAAGGAGAUUGUCGGGAUUCUUAGGAGCUUGAUUGGGAACAAACGCGUCUUGGUUUGUUUUUGAUUUGACUUAAUACUUUGAGGCAAAGCGAGGCAGUCUGCGUUUGGGCAAGGGAGACAGUAAAUUGAUUUCACUCUGUGAACCAGAGGCGCAUUUCAAUUUCAGGUAUGAAUGCAGCCCACCUCAAUCACACCGUGAUCUGUCUGCGGCCGCUUUGCAUAAAUAUCAAACUCUUUCUGUCUAAACGUAAAAAUAAAAAAA